AAUGAAAACCUAAAAGGAGAACGCAGAGAUGGCACACGGUGGCUACGACAAGCGACGGGUCGCCGGACGGAAACCGGUGAAUAAAGCUACCAAUCACCGUCCAAAAGCCUUGGGUGUCGAGAAGAAACCUAAAGCCAAGCUCGUCUCUCUAAAACGCCAGAUUCGCUCUACGGAGCGUAUGAUUCGUAAGGACACAAGGCCUGAAGUGAAAGAAGCCCUUACAAAGAAAUUAGAAGGAUUGAAGAAUCAACAACAGCUUCUGGAUAAUCUUGCUUUGGAACACAAAAUAUUCUUGCGUUACAGAAAGAUCAAAUUUUUUGAAAGAAGGAAGGUUGAGAGAAGAAUAAGACGUUUGGAGAAACAACAGCGGGCAGCAUCCGGGCAGGCUCAAGAAGCUGAGCUGGCUGACCAGCUUUCCAAAUUGAAAGAAGAUCUUGAGUAUAUCAGGUUUUUUCCAAAGGCAGAAAAAUACGUAUCAUUAUUUAAAAAAGGUGAUAAUACAGAGACUGUUAAUAAGAGAAACAGCUUACGCACACAAAUCAAGGCAAAUAUAGCUGCUGCUAUAGCUAGUGGGAAAGAUUUGGAAGAAACUGGAAGUGAAGACGAUGGGUUGGAUUUAAGUGAUGAUGAUUUCUUUCAAAGUGGAAGCUCAAGUGAUGAAGCUGAUGCAGAUGAUGAGUGGACUGAUAAAAGUGCAAGGGAACAAGCAUCUAGUGCUUCUGGAAAAGCAGCUUCCGGUAUGUCCAGCGAUGAAAGAAAUCAGAGACAUAUUUCGGCACGUGCACUCAUGCCACCUCCUCGGGCAUCAAAUAAUCAAAAUCCAAAUCACAUGAGAUCGUUCAACAAGAACACAUCAUCAUCAUCCUUUCAUAGGGUUGACAUGUCAUCAUCGUCUCGUAGAGUUGACAUGUCAUCAUCCAGUAAUACAUCGACAAGUGUCGAACGCCCGUUUUUUAAUAACCGGCGACCCGUGGAGUCGGGCACGGGUAAUAGCGGGAGUAAUUUGAGCUCCAAUUCGGAUGCUCGCAAACCCAAAAGAAAGAGGCGACCCAAGAAGAAGAAGCAACAGGGUUGAUUCAUGCUAAUGAAUUAUGAUGGUGUCUAAAUUUUUUUUUAAAAAAAUGUUGUUUUGUUUUUAUAAAUUUUAAAAGAUUUGUAAGUCGAAAUGAAGGUUUUGUGAAAGUUGAUUUCUUUAUAGAGUGUAAACGAAUCAUAUUCGCGGUUGUACGAAAUUGUUCUUGGAUUUUUCAUGUUAAUUUUCAAGUUAAUACUUUUUUUGGAAUGUGUUGAUUUUUGAAAAAAAC